AUGAAGUUGCUUUCAAUCUCAUUCGCUACUCUCCUCAACCCGAUCACGACCUUUGCUCUUGCCGCCGAGCCCUCCAAAACCACUAACCGCUCCCGGAUCCUCGACCUCGUCGAGAAUGGAGUGACAGAGCGGACUUCUCGGGGCCCCGCCGCAGUCCAUGGGACUCAGAACUGGUCCGGUGGUGUUGCCACGAAUGUAGCGUUUUAUUCCGUUCAUGUCGAUAUGACCAUUCCGGAACUCCGCCUGCCGGAGGGUGGUGACCCCAGCACCUUAUACGGCCUCUCAGCGUGGGUGGGUAUUGAUGGCACAGAUUACUGCCCCUCAGACAUGCUGCAGACUGGCGUUGAUAUGUACCUCAAGAAUGGCGUGGCGACUUACAUCCCUUGGUUCCAGUGGUACCCUGGCAACCACAUGUAUCUUCGUGACACCAUCAUUACCGCAGGCGAUACUGUCCGGUUGUCCGUUGGCACAAGUCCAAGGGAUAUGUCGAGGUAUUUCUUCACGGUUUCGAACUAUAGGACCGGGGGGGAGAGUAGGAUGGAAACGAACAACACACACGUGCUGCUUUGCGGGUUCACAACCGAGUUCAUUGUCGAGGACUUUUGGAACACAGAUCGGCUUCCGUUAGUGGAUUUUGGCAACAUCAAGUUCACAAGUACCAUAUCCGAAGUGGAAGGCGGUAUCGCGGGCGGCAUGGAAGGGCUCAAGCUGUUAGAAGUGGAGGAGGAGGGAACUGAGCGCAAGCCCAUCCACUGCACCAACGAUGGCGUCACCUUGAGUUGCGACUACCAAACAAGCAACUAG